AUGCAGAAGACGGGCUUGGAAACCUUCCAUCUUUACCUACCGGAUGAAAAAAAAAAUAUUGAACUUGACGACAAUUCGCUCACGGUCGGAAACGUGUUCAAACAAAAUAUUACCUCUGUCAUUGGAAUUAUACCGCCCAAAGGUAAGACGUUGGGGGUUGCAAAGCAAAAAAAGAAAGAAAGGCUUUCUAGUGUGCUUUCCAAUGAGCUUUCCACCUUUUUUUCACCAAAAAAUCCCCAAAUUUCAACACAAGAUCAAAAUCUUUACCAUGCGCUUGAACAUUUUCCAGAAUCCUUUGGAAGAGUGGUUCUUCUAUUUAUCAAGGUGUCUUUAGCAGGAUCUUCAUAUACUGCAUUGAUAGAUACAGGUGCACAAGCAUCUAUUAUUUGCUCCUCAAUCAUCGCCAGCAAUCACGAAAUUUCCAAGGCCGUCGAUAAAAGAUUCUUUGGAACAGCAAAUGGAGUUGGCCAGUCAAAAAUCUUGGGAAAAGUGCAUUCUAUCGAGCUAAUCCUUUGGCAAGAGCUGCAGAAAAAGGAGGCUGUUGUGCUUCCCUGUGGGUUUCAUGUGAUGGACAUGACUAACAGCGGAAAGAUCGAGAUUAUCCUCGGGUUGGACAUGUUGAAAAGACAUCAAGUCAUUUUGGAUUUGGGGAACAAUUGCCUGUCUGUCCAUGGCUACAAGAUAAAGUUUUUGUCUGAAUGGGAAUUGCCCGAUAAUCUCAAAUGA